ACGCCACACAGACGGGAAGAACAUCGGAUUCUCCGCAGUCACACAGGUACUCACUUAAUGUCAUCCCAGAUCCUAUUUGCAAGGCGAAAAACAGUAUCCCACAAAAUCAGGUUAUGUCUGUAAGGAUGGAAAUGGAUAUCAGUGGAGUGCCUAGGGCACAUGUCUCCAUUCUUCCUGCAGCUGAGAUCAAAGCUACACUGACACCAGAAGCAGAGAGACCUCGCUGUGCCAGCACUCCAUGUUCACCCAUCCGAGGUACUGUUGCAGGAUACCAGAUACUCCACAUGGACUCAAACUAUCUGGUGGGCUUCACCACUGGUGAGGAGCUGCUCAAGAUUGCCCACAAGUGGUCAGAAGGAACUCCAGAGAGGGGUUCUGUAUCAGAGGCUAUAUCCAGUUCUGUCCAGAGCACUGUCCCAAAGUCUGUGGACUUGGGUAUCCACCGAUCUUCACGAGUCUUAAAAAGCAAAAGUCGCUACUACCAACCCUACGAUAUUCCUGCUGCCAACGGGCGGAAACGAAGGCGUAUGCCCAGCUCGAGUGAUACCUUCCUCCGAUCACUGGCCCAUGGGGAGUCUGGGAGAGGUCUGCAUGCUCCACUACCCCUCUGUCUGCUUAAAGGGAAGACGACCCACUCCAAGUCUCUGGAAUACCUUAACCUGGACAAAAUAAGUAUCAAAGAGUCACCAGACACUGAGGUGUUACAGCACCAACUGCAGCACCUCACCCUGCGAGGGGAGCGCAUGUUUACCCGAAAAAAGAAAUGAAAGCACAGUGGAAGGCCUUUUUUAGGCAUCUUUCACCCCUUUGGGAAUUUAGGUGCUAUUUCUUGUUUGAAAUCUUUCUACUCAUUUUAAAAGCAAUUAAGAAGGCAGCCUGAGAAUCUUGUUAUAUUAUUAACUGGGGGUUUUACCUUCACCUGUACACAUAAUGUUUUGAAGAAACGUUAUGUGUACACAUUGUAAUGAGGUUGUUGGGGUUUAAACAUGUGACUUAUAUAAAUUUAGCAAUAAUUGGUGAACCUAUUAUUGACAGUGUUGUGUGUUUUUACUGGUCAGAGAUGCAUUGAUAUAUCAACUUACAGCUGAUUAAAGCACAUAUCACACACUGCAUCAUCUUUAAAAUGCACCACUUUAAUCAGCCCAUUAAUAGUUUUUUCAUUUAUCUAUGAGGAGUUGUGUUAGUGGAGGUUUUGUCAGAUUUUAUUCCUGUUAUGGCACUACAUACAACUGUGUCAACUGUUUUAUUAAAGUCCAUCUUAAUACAAUACUCACAUGCCUUAUGUACAUUUAAAUAGUCCUUGGUUGCUGUUAUCAUUCCCUCUGUCCAUACUGGUGCUAAAGUGAUGUCUUUUUAAAAAAAAAAAAAAUUAAAGUAUUUUUUCCUAACAUGCCUUGUCUUGAUAGCUAGCAUUAUUAUCAUUAUUAUUAGAGAGGUGUCAGAGUGAGAUAGAGAGAGGAUGAAUGACAUGUAGCAAUGUCCCCCGACUGGACACGAACCAGGAACUUUAGGAUUACAUUGUCAGCUCCUUAGACAAGGUCACCAGGAUGCCCUAAAAUGAUCCCUGCCUAAAGUGACUACACUGUAAGGGUGAGGGAGAGAAUCCAUUUCCAAUCUGUGUAACAUAGACUGCAGAUUUUUUGCUUCAGCUGAACUUCAAGUCACACAAGGACAAUCACCAGUAUGGACUGGAUAAAUAAUGACAACUCUUUACGUAUUGCAUAUAUGUACAUUAAGUACGUAUGGCAUAUUAAGCAUAUUGUGUUAAGAUAGACUCCUUACUAUCCAUCAGUCCAUAAGUUUUAAAUGUGGCAAGUAGCUUGACCAGAGAAUGGCAAAUUUAGUCAGCAUUAAUUCAUGCUGGUAACAGUAGUGACCAGUUUACAUGGUAGGGGAUAAGAAAACAUCUGUUGAAACGUCUGAAAACACUCCUGCAAUAGCAUCCACAAAACCAAUGGAGGGUAAGAGUUCCCAUGAACAACAGUACUGUUUUGCAUCUGUUUAUUGGUAAUUGUUGGCAAAGUGGUUGGAAAUAUGUUGGCUUUAGAAAACCAUAUUGGUGCAUCUUUUUACAGUGAUAAUGGGUGUACAACAAUUUGUGGAGCUGUGUCUUUUUAGUAAGUGUGUAUGUUCCUGAUGCCUCUACUGCAGAAAAUUAGUUUUCUGUUGGACAUCUACUACAGACUAUCUCUGGAAACUUGAAAUUGUCACCACCAUGACACCAAUUAGCUGUUCACAGUAACCACUGCAAUAUUGUACAUAAGCAAAGCCAUGUGAACACUUACAGUUCUGUGGAAAAAUCUCUACACCCAUUGUGUUUUUGCACAAUUUGUUGUUCCGCUCUGAAAGGGAAUUGUGAUGUCAGAACUUCUGUGUUUUCUAUUACACCAAAGCAAUAGAGAAUUCAGUUUAUUUUAUGAAUGUGUAACAUUUGAAGCCCAUGUCGAAUUUUUAUGUGAUGAUGGCACCUUUUAAAUUGUUUAAAUUGUUGUUAAACAAUCUGAGUAAAAUUGGUUGAGGAGU